AUGCACUUAACACCAGAAGGAGUUACAUUAGUAAAAGCUAUUAAAGAUGCAAUAAACUCAGAAUUAGCCACAAGUGGUGGUUUGACCUACUUUUUAUUAGGUGGUUUAAGCUCUUGUUUUAUACUUUUAGGAUCUAGCUUGCUAUAUGCAAAUUCGGGUACAACUAUCUUAGAUGGUAUAUACGUUAUUACUAGUUUAAGUGAUAUAGGAAACAAUGGUCAUGCUUCCGCAGAGAAUAUUUUGUAUUGA